AUGGCGAGCCACAAGUGGGCCUGGCUGCAGGGCGUCCGGGACGCGCUGGGCUGGCAGCGGGGCCGGCUGUCAUCCGCGCGGGGCUCCGCGCGAUCCAUCGACUCCGCCGACAUUCACGGCAUCGGCGGGUGGGACAGCGACGAGGAGGAUGCCCGAGGCGCGGCGGUGGAAGAAGGGGGUGGAAGGGAGGACGGGGUUGCGGGGGAUGAGAUGUUUGAAAUUGUGGACGGGCGCGUGCCGUCGCUGUUCGAGAUCUGCGCGCGGACGAUCGCGCAGGACAAGCGGCUGGUGGCGAGGCUGUACUACGACGCACCGCUGGGGAUAGAGUAUCUGUGGGAAGUUGUCAAGAAUGCCCAAGACCGGCACGAGGAGCACACAAGGACCAAGUGCACUCUGAACUUAAGGGGCUGUAGGGACAGCUGUGCAGUUUUGGGGCGCACUGUGACAAGGAGGAUGACCAAUUGUGAAAGGUUGGUUUCGCUCAUCCUCGAUGACUGCUCUGGGCUGACCGACAAAGUGCUGCGUGGCGUGGCCAUCCCACGUGAUAAGGUUGCCCUGCCACACCUCCAGCGCAUUUCUGUGGCAGACUGUCCUGUCAUAACAGACAAUUCCUUGGAGCACAUUAUACGGAUUUACGGGCCAAAGCUAAAGGUGGUGAGGCUCUCCAACAGCGGUGUGUCUCAGCGGUGCGUCAAGGCGAUGGCGUUGCACUGCCCCAACUUGGAGGUGGCGGCAUUUGCACACCAGCUGCACAUCAGGGACAAGCACGUCGUGCAGCUGGUGAUGCGGUGCUCGCGCUUAAAGCAGAUCGAGGCAGCAUACUGCAGACUGAUCACAGAUGUUUCUGUCAUUGCCAUUGCUCAGAAGCUGUGGGCCCUUGAGUCGUUGGAUUUGUCAUACUGCGAUCAAGUGGGGGUGUCCAUUGAGGGGCUGCAACAGUGCAAGUUCUUGCAGGGCCUUCGACUGCAGAACUGUCCAAAGAUCACGGACAGAAUCUUGAGCCCUGUUCUUCGGUGGUGCAACCUGCUUGAGGUGUUGUGUGUACGCUCCUGCCCGCUUGUCACGAUGUCUACAGUGGAGACCAUCGCCUCACAUUGUGAGUCGCUGAGGUCCCUAGACAUCACGGGGAUUCAGGCAGAUGGCAACAAGGCACUGACAUUGCUGGCAAAGAGCAAUGCUCUGCGGCUCUCACUGCAGGUGCGUAGAUAUUCUCUCUCGAUUCAUCCUUCCUGA